ACACACACACGCUCUCUCACACACACACGCUCUCUCACACACACCACACACACACACACACACACACACACACACACAGCUGCUGAGUGAGAGCUGCAGUCCUUUCCUCAGACGGCCACAGUACUCCUGCUACCUGCCGCCCACCAGCCGCGUCAAGGACACCGAGGAGAACCAGGCAGGGGGUCCUACACACACUUCCCUCCCAAGGACUCGGCACUCCUUCCAGGGGACAGCCAGCAGGGACCCUCCCUUGCACCUCCAGACAGACUUACAACCAGACUUCCGACCUCUCCUUGACUAAACUGACAGCAGAGGAAGGUGUCACUACUGCACCCCUCGAACCCUCAGCACCCCCCCCCCCCCCCCUCACCGUGCCGGACCCCCCUAGGGUGAGGUAGUGACAUGGAGCUGCCCUGCCUGCCCCCCGAAACCCCCACCACAGCCAGCUCCUGCUCCACCGACCCCCUGUACGACAACUGUCUACCCCAUGCCGGGAGAGGGAGGGAUAGAGGGUUUAGGGAGAUGGAGAAGGAGAGAAAAAGGGAAAGUGGGGGACUUUGCAACCCUGCUGUAACUGGAAUCCUUCACCCCUCCUCCCCCCCUGGCCUGGCCCCAGCUGCAGCUGUGGUUCCCACACUGGGAAGGGGGAGAGAUGGAAGAGGAGGGGAGAGAGGGGCUGGCGUGCAGCCAGCUCACAGUCACUGCAGCUGGGGAGGCCUGGGAAGGCAGGGCUGGGACAUGGGGACAAACAGAGGAGAGCGAGGACGAGAGAGAGGAGGGAAUACGGGAGUGCAGGAGGUGGAGAGCGUUCGGCAUCAGCAGAGCCCCAGCCCGAGCGACGGAGACACACACGAGAGCGCUCUUUCCGUCUACGACAACCUCCACGCCGUGACCCCCACCGAGGACGCUGCCAUGGAAUCCACUGUGACCUUCCCUACGCCCCAGCGUUUCCUGAGGAUCCCAGUGCCGGUCUCGGUGUUGAUGGAGGAUGGAGGGGUCAGCGGGGAGAGUAGCUCCUGGUCUUCCUGUGAAAUCCUCCUUGCAGGGAGCAGCGCCAGCAAUGGACCAGACCAGUACCAAGACCUGGACCCAGAACCGGACUUUAACCAGGACAAGCCCAUGUUCCAACUCCAGCCAUUGAUCCAACCACAACCCCAUCGACCAGAUAACUUCUCCCAUCUCCAGCCCCUUGUCCCACCUCUACAGGCUUCUGCCACCCAUCCAGUCGAGCCUCUCCAGCCUUCUGGUCCGAUCCCUGUACCUGUCCCUGGGGCCCGGGUUCCCCCUCCCCUGCCCUUGGCAGACCCCUCAGCCAGCGCCCUCCGCAGCCUCCUCACCAGCCUCCAGCAGCAGAUAGCCAGGCAGAGAGAGGAGUAUGAGGAACGCAUACACAGUCUGGAAGAGAGGAACGAGGCUCUCCAGGUAGAGGUGUUUGACCUCAGGGCCAACCUGGCUCAGCAGAGGCGGUGGUACUCUGUGGUCCAGGCUAAGAUCUUGGAGUCAGAGAGGGGCCGGGCUGCAGCAGACCUCCGAAACGCAGCCCUGCAGAGGGAGAUGGAACAGUUCUUUGACACCUUCGGAGAGCUCAACAACGAGGCUAAGAAGACGGAGAAAAUUGUCAGGAGUUUCUGAGACUGACCUUUGGCUGAGGGGUGUGUACUGUAUGUGCUGAGGAAGUGAAGUAUGUAUGAUGAGAUUGGAAGUGAUAAGACAACUGUCUUUAAACUAAGACUAUUUACACAAUCAUUAAGGCCAGCUGGAGAGGAAACAUUUGAGUAUGAAACGCUGCCUUCAGGAAUUCUAAUGGAUUAUGGAAUGGUUCAUUAUCAGAAAUGUGCAUAUUCAUAAGCUACAGUAUAUUGUCCAUGGAUUCAGACCAUGGGCUCAUACACCUUUAUUUUGCGUCAUGUUUGGCUCAUCUUUGAGAUUAUAUCACACCUCUAUUAGCACUUUCUAGUGCUGGGUCAGGAUCUGGAAGAGCUGAUUUGCCAGUUUGGUGGGGGAAGCGCAAGAGGCGCUCACACACAUCUAGAAGGUUCUGAACUGGUAUCGAUGUACAGUACCUCUGCAUUUACAGCAAUUAACAGCACAUUCUUUGAGUUGUCCACUUUUAAUUGAUGGGGAAGGACAACAUGAAGGCAAAGUGGUAUUGUGAAACAGCAUGUCAUUGCAGACAGUACAUUAUGAAAAUGAACAAAAUAAAAGAAAAUGAACAAGACAAAA